ACAGUAUCUGAUCGAAGAACUGGACUAACUUUUAACAUGCCAAAAAGUUGUUGUGUGGUUGGGUGCACCAAUAAUGUUUGUAAAACCCCAAAUUUGAAAUUCAUUCCUUUGCCAUGUAGAAAUAAAUAUCCGGAGAGAAGAGAAUUAUGGCUGAAGGCGAUACGUCGAGAAGACAGCAACAGGAGGUUGUGGGAUCCUGUAUCUCCAUACACAUAUGUUUGUGGACAACAUUUCAUAUCAGGGCAAAGACUUACUCACACUACAAGAAAUGGACAACGGUGAAGUACUUCAUUGCCUGCAGCCCAGCUGGGAGCAUCACGUUCCUAUCAAAGGGUUGGGGUGGAAGAGCAUCUGAUGUAAAGAUUGUCAGAGAAUCAGGAUUUAUAUCCCCACUGUACCACCAACCUGGAGAUCAGAUCUUGGCUGAUCGGGGAUUUACACUUGAAGAGGACUUUGCACUGUUAGGGGCCAGCUUAAUUACACCAGCGUUCACAAAAGGGAGGAAACAGCUGUCAGGGAGAGAAGUUGAGGAAUCCAGAGUGAAAUCCAAUGUUCGAAUACAUAUUGAGCGUGUGAUUGGCGUCUUGAAGAACAGGUAUCACAUCCUCGAUGGCCCACUCCCUGUGCAGUUUGUGAAGUCCCUAAAGGAUGAAAUUGAAGACAAAGAGGUGGCAACAAUAGACAAAAUUGUGCAUAUCUGUGCUGCUUUACUUAAUAUGUCAUCAAGUGUUGUAUUUAACCAUGACAGAGUGGGGGAUGAGAAAUAAUCAAUAUAAAGGCAAUAUCAUCUUCAUGAUGUAGUUUCUUGGUUUAUACACUGUAUCCCUCAUCUACCUGCAUCCAUCUCAACAAAAAGCUGUCCCUGCACUGUCUGUAGCUUCUGCCUCCAUCAUCUGAAAACAUGCAUUUAACAUUUGAACACUUAAAAUAAAUAAUUGUUCUUUGGUAAUAUUAUUAUAAUGUAUUGUUUGCAAUGUAUUAUUUAUUAUAUUAAAUAUAUAUAUACACAACACCCACAGUCUCUCUGAUAAGUGCUUAAUAGUGAUUUAAAUCAGUUGGUUUACCUCCUGGUCCAUCCUGGUGAAUGAGGCUCCUGUCAGACGUGGAUAUAUCUGCCUUGCCCAGAACCUGCUAAUUGUAUCUA